AUGGAUAUCCUGAAGGAGCUCCAUGUCUCCAUCACAGAGGCAUGUGAGUCCUCUUUUGAUCAGGCUUUCCAGAACCUACAGUCUAAACUUGCCAUCCAUCAAACCAGUCUGACGGAGGCUAAGAAUGAAGCUGCUAUUGCCAACGAGGCCCGCCAAACAGCAGAACGCAGAAUACAAGAGCUCCAAUGCGAAGUCACGGCACUGCGGGCAGAAUUAAGCCAUUAUGAUUCUAGCCCAGUCGAUCUAGAAUCCCCCGUCAAGCGGGAUGACUUCGAAAUUGAAUUUGCCCCGGAGCACCUCUGGGGGAUAGAUCUGGAGGAUGUGUCUCAUUUACGAAAGAUCCUGGAAACUAAGUACACGUCCCUGUAUAAUGAUCUGCAGACAUAUUCUCAGAGCUGGGGCAGCUUGAAAGCCAAGGUUUUGCAACAUAAGAAGAAAUUGCGCUAUGUGGACAAACAACUACAGCGGGAUGAGUUUACACUCAUACACAAUGGUGCGGCAGUUACAUUUAAGAGGGUUCAAAACUCAGAUGCUAGCCAUAUCGAUAAGGCUACAGUAUCGUCCAGCUCAGUUACUGCGCAAAACAUACAGAACCCGAGGGUUCCCCGCUCUGAACAGCCUAAUAGCUCUGCUCAGAACCGGACUAGUUCAGCAGACACAACAAAUACAAUGAAAGCAGAGGAGCACAGCCAGCAAUUCCCUGUUUCUGACCAGGCAGAACCGUAUCCUACACAGUCUUCACCCGCGUGCGAACCGGGAGCCUCAGAGUCACCUUCGGAUGUGCUCCAUACGCUGCCAAAUUUACAAAAUCGAAAGAGGAAGCGUGUGGUGGCGCCUUCUCAGUCCCACGAAGGUGACUAUACCGGCCGACCAAUGCUGGUUAAAAAUGAGACAUUCUCUUCGAGCCCUUUGCAGCAUUCAAAUCAUGUACUGGGAUCGUUUUUCCCCAGCACCCAGGACUUGGAUGACAUCGGCGACACUGUGCUGACACCCACUAAACGACAGGCGCGCCGAGCAGUGCAUUGGGCUGAUACCUCGAGAGACCUGGAUCAUGUGCCAGGCCGGUCCUCUGUUUUACAACCCGUUGAUGGCAAUACGCGAACAGGAGGAGUUUCCAACUUGAGAUUUGGCGACAAAAGGAAUAAAUCCACAGACCCGCGUGCGAUCUUAUCAGUGUCCGAAGAUGGUGACGCUGGUGAUCGUGGUGCCCAUUUGCACUCUAGCAGCACUUCAAGGCUCCCUGCCGCAUCAGCGAAGAUCAAACCUCAUUUUAAUAUCACUCAAGGCCGCCUAGAAAGUCUUCUUGAGAAGCCACUGCCGUCUAAAUCACCUCUACCAUCCUUAAAGGGCACGCCUGGGCGAAGUAUUACGCAAGAUUCUGGCCGAAACGGUCCCUCAAGAAGGAGCGGUGGACCCGUCGAAUCUACAAGGACCCAAUCAUAUUCACAGCAAAACGAGGAGUCUGCAAGCCAAUCUACUCUGAAUGUGCAUCCCGAAGAUGAACCAUACAGAUCACGCCCUCUCCAUAGGCUGACUCUGGGUCAUUUCAAACUCAAUCCCAAAAGAAAUGAUGGGCUUGACUACGCAUAUAGCGAGGUUGUUCGCAAGAAAGAUGAUCGCAAAUGCCUUGCCGGUUGUACGCAAUCUGAAUGCUGUGGAGGCCGAUUUCGUGCAAUGGCUCGUCUCGGUGGAUUACCUGCCAAAUCAUCUUCAGAACAGGAGGAGGAAGACCAACGAGCCUUGGAAGAGUAUAUGGGGGAAGACUACCAUCUGUUGGAAGGGCUAAGUGCACAAGAUCGUGACCAUCUUGUCGUCGAAGCCCGAGCCCGAGCCAUAGCCAACCAAUAUGGCAAACACCGACAUAAUCACCAGCGUGCUCGGUCGCCCCCGGGAUUUUGGCGAACUGAUAUGCCAUCCACACAGGAACUCGAGUUUGACCGAGAAGCUGCACAGAGACAAGACCGAGAGAAGGUGGAGGAGCGAUACCGCGAGGCCAUGCGGCCCGGAGGGUUGUGGACCUGGGCAGAUGAGUAG